AUGUCUAAACCUAAAAUUGCAAUUAUUGGUGCAGGUCCAACGGGGCUCGCAUCCAUCAAGCAAUGUAUUGCCGAUAAUCUAGACCCGGUGUGUUUUGAAGCAACCUCAUAUACUGCUGGACUUUGGCGUUAUACGGAAAUUAGCGAAGAAAAUAAUGACCCACACUCUUCAUGCUAUAAUAGCGUAGUCAUUAAUACCAGUAAAGAAAUUGUAGGUGAACUAUUUUGGCAACUUAUGCUAAAAAUUUGUAAGGAUGAUAGGUUAAGAUUUAGUGCCAGAGCUGUUAAUCUAAGACAGAAUCUUUAUCCAGGUACAUGGCCUACGGGCAACCGGAUGUCAUUCUCCGAUUUUCCAAUACCUAAAGAUUGGCCUUAUUAUUUACAUAACAAACUUGUUUCCAAGUACUUUGAUAUGUACACGGAAAAGUUUCAACUUAUUCCUCAUAUAAAAUUUAACACAACCGUCUUGAAUCUAACAAUGCUUCCUGAUAAACGUUGGAAUGUCCGAUAUGUCACUAAAGGCAAAGAGGAAACCGAGCAGGUGUUUGAUUACGUAAUGGUUUGCACUGGUCAUCAUAGAUACCCACGAUUGCCAAAUUAUCAGGGAAUGGAUCAAUUUCAAGGGAAACAAAUUCAUUCUCAUUUUUAUCGUGUGCCUUCUGAUUUUGCGAAUAAACGUGUUGUUGUUGUAGGAUGUGGAAACAGUGGAAUGGACAUUUCUGUGGAAUUGUCUGGAGUCGCAUCGCAAGUUUACGUUUGCACUCGCCGAGGAACGCUACCAUGGAUUUUACCAAGACUUUUACGCGGAAAACCUAUUGAUCACUAUAAUACCCGUUUUUACACCACAUGGAUACCUUCAUUUAUUAAAGACUAUUUUUUCAAACGUACAGUAAAAACCACAAUUGGUCCUUCUCCGAUACCAGAUCUAGAUCCAAAAACUAAUCCAUCCGAUUCUCAUCCAACUCUUAAAACAAAUUUUUACGAUUGUCUUUCAAAUGGGACAAUUAUCGUAAAACCAAACAUCUCCCGGUUGAACAAGGAUAAUUCCAUUGAAUUCCUUGACAAUACUAAACUUGAAAAUAUUGAUGCAAUAAUUUAUGCAACCGGAUAUAAAAUUGAAUUUCCAUUUUUGGAUAGUAAAAUUGUUAAUGGUGGUGAUGAAGUUUUAAAAAUGUUUGAUGAAGAAUAUAGAGAGAAUUUGGUUUGGUUAUAUAAGAGAAUGUUUCCACCGAAAUAUCCGAACAUUGCUUUCCUUGGAUUGGUUCAAUUGAUAGGUGCGAUCUUUCCCUUGAGCGAAAUGCAAGCACGUUAUAUCACAAGUCAAAUCACUGGUCACAUAUCAUCAAAUCCACCUAUUUCCGAAAUGUACAAAGAAAUUCAAGAACAUCAAGCAUCAUUACAAAAACGUUAUUAUACCUCAGCAAGGCAUACGAUUCAAGGAGAUUACUUCCAAGAAUUGGAUAAUUUAGCAAAAGUUCUAGGUUGUUAUCCGUAUUCAUUACAAACUAUAUGGAAAUAUGGAAUUAAUAUGUAUUGGAAAAUUUUAUUUGGUUAUCGUUUAUUUGGGCGACAGUCUUGGGAUGGUGCGGCUGAUGCAAUUAAUAUUUAUAACGGAUGUCAACCAUCUACAUCCAAAAAGAAUCACUGA